AUGCUGAAAGGGCGCCCCUGCAAAAUCGUCGAGAUGUCUACCUCCAAAACUGGAAAGCACGGUCACGCCAAGGUUCAUUUGGUCGGAAUUGAUAUUUUCAAUGGAAAAAAAUACGAAGAUAUAUGCCCCUCCACCCACAACAUGGACGUGCCACACGUGAAGCGUGAGGACUACCAACUGACCGACAUAUCCGACGACGGAUACCUGACCCUGAUGGCUGACAACGGUGACCUGCGCGAGGACCUUAAGAUACCCGAUGGCGAUCUUGGCACCCAACUUCGCUCCGAUUUCGACAGCGGCAAGGAGUUGCUGUGCACUGUGCUCAAGUCCUGUGGUGAAGAAUGCGUUAUUGCAGUAAAGGCAAACACAGCUCUCGACAAAUAA